AUGUCGGAAGCAGCUCCUCCCAACCUCAACCUCACCCAAGAGGAGAAGCGGGUUUUCUUUCAACUAUUUCAGGCGGCAGAUUCUACGAAUCUCGGCGUUGUCACAGGCGAACAUGCUGUGCCUUUCUUUGAGAAGACCAAGCUUCCUCCCGACACUUUGGGCCUGAUAUGGCAAAUAGCGGACAAGGAGAAUCGUGGGCUUCUUACACCCUCGGGGUUUUCAAUGGUUCUGAGGCUCAUUGGACACGCGCAAGCUGGGCGUUCUCCCACAGAGGAUUUGGCUCUGCAACCCGGUCCUUUACCUCGAUUCGAAGGCAUUCAAGUCAAUACUUCCACCAACGCCCCGUCCCGCCCGUCCACGACGAGUCCUCCGCCUGGCGCUGCGCCCGCUGGUGUCAGGGUCCCCCCUUUGAACUCAGAAGAUGUAAACAAAUUCAACUCACUGUUUGAGAAAUCAGACACACCUGAUGGGUUUAUGUCAGGGGAAACGGCAAAACAGAUUUUCGAGCGUGCCCGGCUACCGAAUGAAGUCUUAGGCAGGAUAUGGAACCUGGCCGAUACAAAGCAGCGUGGACAGCUCGAUGCCACGGAUUUCAUAAUCGCUAUGCAUCUCCUCACUUCUUUUAAGACCGGCGCAAUGCGGGGGAUUCCCUCAACACUUCCUGCUGGCUUGUACGAGGCAGCAGCAAGACGAGGCCUCGGUCGUAUCCCAACUGGGUCUGGCGCGGGUCCGGGGGUGUUACCUCCAGUACCGGCUAUUCCUACACAAUUCACUGGAUCUCAGCGGACCCAAAGCCCAUUGAACAGGCCACCUUUCUCUCCUCUUUCUGCACAGUCCACAGGUACCGAGUGGCUGAUCAGUCCACAGGAGAAGGCACAAUUUGACAACAUAUUUGCAACCGUUGACACGACAAAAGCGGGGAUCAUAAGCGGGGAUCAAGCCGUUGCAUUUUUCACCAACGCUCAGCUACCCGAAGACGUUCUUGCUCAAAUAUGGGAUCUCGCCGAUAUUGACGCUGAUGGGCAACUUACCAGAGAUGAGUUUGCAGUGGCAAUGUAUCUAGUACGACAGCAACGGAGCAAAAAAGAGCCGUUGCCUGCAACUCUUCCUCCUGCUUUGAUUCCUCCUAGUAUGCGUCGACCAGAAGUAGCACCCGCAAAGCCUGUUACUGUUGCUCCUCCACCACCUGCACCAGCACCACAGCCGCGUUCGGCAGCUGAUGAUCUCUUUGGACUCGAUGCUUUUAGUGCUCCAGCCGCUCCAGCUGUUGCGGCACCUGCUCAGUUACCGCAGUCUACUGGAGGUUCGAACGCUCCCUUUCAGUCUCCUGGAUCACCUGCUUCCCGGACUUCCCAGCAAGGUCCGCCUGCUACCGUCUUUAAGCCGUUCAUCCCUUCAUCUAGUUUUGGUCAGAGUCUCAAUCCACAGUUGACCGGAGCUGGCGCGGCGAUGACAAAGUCACCACCUCCACCCUCUGACGAUCUUUUAGGCGAUAAUGAUCCAGAGGAAUCCAAGAAGCUGACAAAUGAGACUGCGGAGCUAGCUAACUUAUCCAAUCAAAUUGGAACGUUGUCCAAGGAAAUGCAGAAUGUGCAGUCACAGCGUGCCUCUGCCGAACAAGAGAUUACCCAAUCAUCCCAGCAGAAACGUGACUUUGAAGCGCGACUGGCCCAAGCUAGAUCCAUGUACGAGAAAGAGCUGAAGGACUUCAAAGCCCUCGAAGUGCGCUUGAAUGCUUCCCGGGCCGAGACGAAGAAACUCCAACAAGAUUACGCUCUCAUUGAAGGAAGUCGUCAGGACUUGCAAAACCAAUAUGAUCAGGUUUCUGCUGCUCUGGUCGCUGACCAGAGCGAGAACGUUGCUCUGAAGGAAAAGAUACGUCAAGUCAAUGCUAUAGUCAGUCAACUGAAGCCAACGCUUGAGAAAGCCCGGUCCGAUGCCCGUCAACAGAGAGGCCUGGCUGCCAUCAACAAGAAGCAAUUGGCCACAGUUGAAGGUGAAAGGGACAAAAUCCAAGGCGAAAUCGAUAGCUUAGCCAAAGAAGCCGUGGAAUCCCCACCAGAAUCAGUUUCCCGUCAAGUUACUGGCGCAAGCAGCGUGGCCAGCCCGGCCUUGUCUGCUGCUAGCCAACAAACGAAUCCUUUUUUUAGACGAACCGCAACAGAACCUUCAGACAGGACCGUUUCUCCAGUUCCUUCUAACCCCCAGGCCGCAUUCGAUAGCCUGUUUGGCCCUGCUUCUAGCCAGCCAUCGAUACCUACUCCACCACCACCAACUUCAUUUGGUGCCGCUUCUCCUUUCGCACAGCGUGCACAGGACGCUUCACCCAGUCCGAGCCGCUCGGGAGUGCCAACCCCAUCCAUCUCUCCUCCCCCUCAGGCUACAGCUGAGCUGCCUCCACUUUCCCAAUCGCGACAAAUGAUUCCCAGUUUUCUUCCACUAGAAGGAAACGUUCAAGCUCCCUCUCACACCACUUCUACUGCUGUCUCGCCGCCUGCCAGUCGCUUUGGGGCACCGGACGUUUCUGAAACCUUGACUCCUUCGCGGACAGGUUCGGCAGAUGCAUUAGCGGGAUCUGAAACCAAUCACAACGUGGAGAAUGAAAAGCCGGCCUCACAGUCUCCAUUUGACGAGGUGCCAGGACCUACGACGCAUGCUGAGGAGCCUGUAACUUCUCCUGCAACAAAUUCAGUGCAAGCUGUUUCAUCUCCUGAGGUAUCAAGUGAGAGCCAGCAGCAGCCUACUCAAGGAUCAGCGGAGAAAGUGAAGGAUCAGAGCUUCGAUGAGCUCUUUGGAAACGUCUCCCGUCAACGCUCCCAGUCGCAGAAAGCCAGUGAUUUUGACGAAGCCUUUGCUGAGAUGAAACCACGCGGUGCUGAGACGACAACUAAUGGUGGUGGAGAAUUCCCGCCGAUCAGGGAGUUUGAUAACGACGACGACGAUGACGAUAGUACAGAUAGUGAGGAAGCAAUAGGAUUUGAAGACAACUUUACCCCCGCCUCCCCACCGCGCGAUGAGGAACAUUCAAAGAAUGAAUCUAUCGAUUCAGCACAGUUACAAGCAUUCCCAAUUCCCGGCAGUAGCGUGACUCCUUCACAGCCCCCACCGCCUCCUGAUGUUGAGAGGUCACCGCCCAGCUAUGAUACCGCGAAUCAGAAAUCAGAUGAUUUCCCUCAGUCAUACCAAGGCCUACUUCCCAGUCGGGAGAAUCCGACUAUGGCGCCUGAUGCACCUCAUGCGGUUGAAUCUUCUACUGGCGCACCUAUCGUUGCUGGAGAAGCACAAAAGAAGGCCGGACCUGCCGAUUUUGAUGCUGCCUUUGCUGAGCUCAACCUGGCACCCGCAAAAGAAGACGAUUCAGACGAGGACGAGGAUGAGGGAGAAUCUCGCCAACGACUGACUAACAAUGAAUUUGAUUUCUCUUUCGCUGCUCCUCCUCCCUCUCAACCUGCCCCAGCAGCUAACACAGCCGCCGCGGAUUUCUUCAACUUCGAUAGUAAUUUCGAAGCACCAGCGAACAGCAGCUCGAAUGCCGCAGCAAAAGCCAAUAGUCCGUCGCCAGGGGGAGAUCAUGAUUGGAAUGCUCUCUUCGCUCCUCUGGACAAUGCUGCUAAGAACAACCAGGCUGCUGCCAGCAGCAAUGGCGCUCCCACCCAGCCACCAGCUACUGCAAACGACAGCCGAAAACCCGGCUGGGCUCUCAACACUGACACUGGUGAAGACGACUUGAUUUUGAAGCGAUUAACUGGUAUGGGUUUCCCGCGUGAUGAGUCACUAGCCGCGUUGGAAAAAUUCGACUAUAACAUUGACAAGGCCGUCGAUUACCUAACUUCGAGAUCCUAG